AUGGCAGAAAAUCGACGAAAUGGCCGGAAGGGCUUUACGUCGAACAAUCAACCUCAAUCAUGUCCCCAUUUUCUGCGAAAUAGGUGUACAUACGGUCAGAAUUGCCGAUUCCUACAUGAUACUUCAAGCACGCAGAGAUCCGCCAGACCCAAUCAUACCAACGCCCCCAGCGCUCCUCGAGAUGGAAAACUGCACCAGUGGAAGAAGCUCAUCAAGCUGGGAGACUCGGGAUCCAAUUCGCCCGAGUUGAAGAACGUUGUUGUGGGCCAGUUCUUCCAACUCGGUUUAGAAUUGUUGGACGGUGAUAUCGGCGCUGCACAAGAAGCCAUCAAACUUCUUGCCAAAGAUUCUGGCCUGACGUUUAUCAAGGCGUUGACUGAACGGCAUAUCGCACAACCUGGAAAUGCUAACAAGCUCACUCUGUGGGAGACCGAAGUCAGACCACUGUUUUCCCUUAUCACACACCCCCGAGUUGUAGACUCAGCCGUUCUUGAACAGCAAGUCGCCGACUUGUUCAACUUUCUUCUUGGAGUUCAGGGUCGGCGAAUGACCAUAUUGUUCAAUUUCAUUCUCCAGCUCAUCGCUGAAUUGACACGACCUACACAAUGUACUUUACGACUUGGAAUACUCGAGCUUUCACUUAACGUGCUUGCAAAGAUAAUCGAUUGCAACACCAACAACAUUGUCAAUCCAGAAUGUGGCAGGCUGGUCUCCGCAUUUGCCCAGCUCUUGCAUCACCACUCUAACGGCAAAGAUAACUUCUCAUUCGUGCAGGCGUCCAAGUAUGUCGAGUACAUGCAACAACGACUGGACACUGGCAAGGAUAUCCCCGAGAUGAUGUUCAACACUCAUGCCCCACUAUCGAGGGAAAGUUUCGUGCUCAAACGAAAUGGGCCAGGCACACUCUCUGCUGACGGACGCCGCCAUGACAAUGACCACACCGACAUCAGGAAUAUCCAAAUCAUGCCUACCUUCGAUGAGAUUGUAUCUCCCCGCGCAGAGUACUUGCCAACCAAGUAUCCUUCUGAAUGGCAUAUCGGAGGAAUCCGAGGCCGUCUAGAUCGAGAGUUUCGACUCAUUCGAGAGGAUACAGUUGGACAGCUCCGAGACGUUGUGCGUGACAUGCUGGAAGCGGCUCGAGACCCAAAGCGAGGCAUUCUUCAAAAGUCAAAAACUAUGAGAACUUACACUUACGAAAGCCCCAUGCCCAUUCAUGUCAAUUGGCAUCGGAUUGGAGGGCUAGAGAUGGUUUUAUCCUGCAAGCAACCCCCUGCCGUUAGCAAGCUGAACGCGAAAAAACGACGAGAGUGGUGGGGACAUUCCAAGAGAUUGCAAGCUGGCGCGCUUGUCUGUCUGUUCGAUAUCAAAGGUACAGUGAUAUUCUGCGUUGUGUCUGACACCACAAUGAGAUCGAGGGACGACAAAGAAGGCAGAACAUUACAGAAGAAGGCCGAGGGUCAGGAGUCUAACGAAGAAGUCAGAACCCUGUCGGACGAUGAGGCAGUUUUGUUUGUCAACCUGCGACUUGUGGAUCCAACUGACACUGAGAUAUCGCAUGCCAUGCGAUGGUACAAAAGCACCCGAUCAUCUCCGCGUCGAUAUCUUGUCGAGUUCCCAGGAGUGCUCCUUGACUCGUUCAAACACACCCUAUCAGCUCUGCAAAAGAUGCAUGAGAAGCCUGACAUUCCAUUCAAGAAGUUGUUGGCGCCCAAGAACGACCCAGACUCCGAUGUGGAUGUCGGACUACCACAAUAUGCGAGAGUGCCAGGCUUUGCUUUCGACCUCGGCUGCCUUACCGCUGACAAAUCCGCGCUUGCUAUGAACCCUCGCUCGCCUCUUGCGCCCGAAACUCUGGCACUCAAAACCAGUCUCGAUCCCACUCAGUCUGCUGCCCUAUUGAACACCUUGACAAGAGAGUUGUCGCUUGUCCAAGGCCCUCCGGGAACGGGCAAAAGCUACACUGGAGAAAAGAUCAUCAAAGUUCUCUUGAACAGUAGAAAGAGAGCGAAGCUAGGUCCAAUUCUUUGUGUCUGCUACACGAACCACGCUCUGGAUCAGUUACUUGAACAUCUCCUCGAUGACGGAAUCAAAAGCAUCAUUCGUAUGGGGUCACGAUCUAAGUCUGAGCAAUUGGAGAAUCUGAACUUACGUGCUGUUGCCAGAGAGACGUUCCUAACAAAGUCUGAAAAGGGUGGCCUGUGGGAAGCAGAUCAACGAAUCCGCCAACAUGUCGAGGAGGGGCAGGAACUGCUGCAGGAGCUUGCCUCGUGCCAAUCAUGGACCUCCAUCAAGGCCUUGCUGUCGUCCGAAUACCCUCGACAAUACGCAGAGAUUUUUGGAGAAGACCGUGAUGGGUGGAAAACAGUCAUUCAUCAGCCCGAAAUGGCCAUUCAUCGUUGGCUUCAAGGCGGAAAUCAUGUUACAGGAAGCCGCCCUAGACGACUUGGACAGCUCAAGCUUGCUCCACUUCAAACUCUGACCAAGGAAGAACGGGUCACCCUCCAUCGGCACUGGAUCGAGUCAAUCAGGGAUCCAAUCAUAACCAAACUCGCAAGACUGGAUCUAGAAUAUAAAAAUGCCGUGCGACACAAAGACGAAAUCCGUGGGGACAUUGACCUGCGCUGUCUCAACGAGGCAGAUAUCGUCGGCGUAACCACGACAGGUUUGGCCAGGAACUUGACUCUCUUGCGAAAGUUGCGAUGCAAGGUGAUGCUUUGCGAAGAGGCGGGUGAGGUUCUCGAGGCCCAUAAUCUUACGGCCCUCCUCCCUUCCAUAGAGCAUGCCAUACUGAUUGGCGACCAUCUGCAACUUCGCCCUCAGAUACAGAACUACGAUCUGCAAAGCACCAAUCCACGUGGCAAGCAAUUUUCCCUCGAUGUUUCCUUGUUCGAGAGACUAGUUGAACCAUCGCACGACACAGCGGUAAAGAUACCUUACAGUGUGCUCGAGACACAAAGACGAAUGCAUCCUUCAAUCGCUGAACUGGUCCGAUCGACGUUGUAUCCAUCGCUGAAAGACUCACAGAACGUAGAAGACUAUCCACAGGUAGUGGGUAUGAGACGACGUCUAUUCUGGUUCAACCAUGAUCAACCUGAAAAUGCAAACGGUAACGACGAGUCAAUGAGUACUUCCAGGUCCAACAACUUCGAAGUGGACAUGACAGUUUCUCUUGUUUCUCACCUAUCGCAGCAGGGGAAGUACGGAGCAGGGGACAUCGCGGUCAUCACACCAUACCUAGGUCAGCUUCAACUCUUGCGUCGUAAGAUGGAGUCCAUGUUUGAGAUUUGUGUCAACGAUCGGGACGCGGACGAACUCGAGACUAUUGAAGGGGAGGGUGGGGAUGCUAUUCUCCCAAACAUUAGCCCCCUUCGAAAGACAACUCUCCUCAAGACUGUCAGAGUGGCGACCGUUGAUAACUUUCAGGGUGAAGAAGCCAAAGUUAUCGUGAUCUCCAUGGUUCGAAACAAUCCUCAGAAGGAGUGUGGCUUCCUCAAGACCUCGAACCGUAUCAACGUUCUGUUGUCCCGUGCGCAGCAUGGCAUGUACAUCAUUGGAAACACAAGCUCGUAUGAGAGGGUACCUAUGUGGAACCAAGUCAUCAAAGUCCUGGCCGUCAAUGAAAAUGUUGGUGCGAAGCUGGAACUGCAGUGCCCCAGGCAUCCGGAGACACCUAUGCUGGUCUCACAUCCCGAGCACUUUUCUCAAAUGUCUCCCGAGGGUGGUUGUCGACUUGUUUGCGACAAGCGAUUAACCUGCGGCCAUCCCUGCAAGCGCAAGUGUCACUCAGACACCCUUCACCGCGCCGUCAAGUGCUUAGAAGCAUGUCCACGAUUGAAGCAAGGAUGCAAUCACGCUUGCCCCCUCAAAUGCGGAGAGCCUUACUUGAGAAAACUGAUGUACUGCUUCCGUGUGGACAUCACCUUUCUUCUCCGAAAUGCUGGGAAGCACAAAACCCAGCGUCUGUCCGAUGUGUCAAGAUGGUCACGAAGAAAGUCCCAGGAUGUGGUCAUGAAGUAUACGUUAAGUGUUGUGAGGAUGUCACCACGGAUGACUUCAAGUGUCUUUCGCCAUGUGGGAGCCAUCGCACCUGUGGGCAUACCUGCAAGACGCGUUGCUUCCAAUGCAACACUCGCAAGGACGGGGAGAUUAUACAGAAAAAUCAUGGUAUAUGCACCCAACGCUGCGGUCGGAACUACUCGACUUGCCAACAUAGCUGUGCUCAAAGUUGCCAUGGUGAUGCACCUUGUCAACCGUGCAAGGAACGAUGCGAAGUCCGUUGCAUUCACUCAAGAUGCGACAAACCUUGCAGCGAACCUUGUGCUCCCUGUGCUGAGGCAACGUGCGCUUCAAGCUUGUACUGCACCCUGUGCCGCCCCUUGCAACUGGGUGCCUUGUUCCUUGAGAUGUGACAAGCUCCUCGACUGUGGGCAUCAAUGCCCAUCAAUCUGUGGAGAAGUCUGUCCUUCUUCCAAAUUCUGCCAGAUCUGCGCAACUGAAGAUAUCAAGUCUGUAUGCGUCGACUUCAUCAUGAUGACGGAAUACCGAGACAUUGAUCUUGAUGAAGAGCCUUGUGUAUUCCCUAACUGUGGGCACUUCCUCGCUGUCUCUUCAAUGGAUGGUCAGAUGGACAUGGUAGCACACUACACACUCGAUGCCGACGGUCUUCCCACACAGAUUCUUCGGAGCUCUGAGCCUUUCUCUCUGGACGGUCAGGACAUUAAGUCCUGUGCCACCUGUCGCGGGUCUCUCCGCAGUAUCUCACGAUACGGUCGAAUUGUGCGCCGAGCUAUGCUUGACGAGGCGACAAAGAAGUUCAUCUCUUGUUCAAACGAUGAGUAUCGCUUAUUGGCAUCAGGACUUGUGAGUGAACAGGAACGCCUGGUCGCUAUGAAACCUCCUGGGCUACUGGACCGCAACCCUGGGACAAAUGCGAAUUUGACUGUUUCAGGUUCGCGCCAAAGACAACUACAGAUCCUGAAAGAGUUUGUUCGUACACGAUAUGAUUCCAUUCUCAGAUUUCGGAAAUAUGUGGUAUUCUAUGCCGCCAAAGUGAGAAAGGAGGAACAACCUUUCCAGCGCGUCGCAAAUCUUGUCAGGCACUCCAACCUUCAUCGGGGUGGGCAGAAUGAAUUCCGAUACGACCAGGCUGUCAUCCAAGCAAAAGGGACCCUCCUCUCGGCAGCAUUGCUUUUGAAAUGCGACAUAUUAAUUCUUUCCGACUUCUUUGGGCUCUUGGUCGGCGGGAAAGCAAAGUCUCCCACAUCAGAAGUCCAUCUCGACUUUUCGUGCUUCAUGAGCGACUGCGAUACCUUGAUCAAAGAUGCACAGGCUGCCCGAUAUCCACGAGAAGAGACCCAGGGUCACGUAUUUUAUGCUCAAAUUUGCGCCUUCUCCCGUCAAUGUGCCUCCAAACCCUCUGAACCCAAUCAGCAGAAUGGCCAGGCCUCGAUAUCUGUAUCGACAGCCGUUCCUGACUCACUGGACCAGCUACGUGAGAAGGGUCUUGACCACAUUUCAAAAGCAAGGAAUCUCCUGGAGAAGAACCCAUCAUGUGCGUUCCUCGAGAAAGAGGUAGACGCUGCGGAAGAAGCUCUGAAUGGUGGAGUUUAUCGUCCUGUUACAGCCGAGGAGUUGAGACAAGUGUAUGCUGCGUCUACGGGAGAGCUACGUGGAACGGGACAUUGGUACACGCGUCGUAACGGGCACCCUUUUACUAUCAACAAUUGUGGUAUGGCGAUGCAGGAAGCAACGUGUCCAGAGUGUGGAGCUCCGAUCGGUGGACGGGAUCAUGUGUCAGUCGAAGGUGUAAGGCAUGCCACAGAGAUUGAAGAGAUUGCGAGAGGGAUGGGAGGAGUGCAUUUAUAA